UAACAAAAUAUAAUUGACUAAUUUUGAAUUAAAGAUUCAAGAUGCAGAAGUUCUUUAGUACCCGUCUGAGAAACUCAAAUCUUGAUCUGAACUACUGUAGCUCGAUUCUGAGCUGCUGUAGUUAUUUUGGUUGGAGACCCUCCGGAAGACCCAUUUGUAUUUGUUGUGCUAACAGGCCUACUAUAUCCAUAAGUUUCAUCAUUAUUUGAACUUCCAGAAUAAGAUGUGCCACUAGAAGAGUAAGAAGAACUAUAAGAGUUGUUUUCUGGCUGAUUAUAAGAGCUAUAAUUGUUAGAUGAGCUAUCGUAAGAAGGCUCAUUUCCUGUAGUUUCACCAUAAGGUUUCAAUGACUGGUAACUUGAUCCAGUAUUUGGUUCAUACGAAUAGCUUGACUCUUGAUAACUGUAAGAAUUCUGGUUUGGAUUGUAGCUAUCAAUAAUUGGAUAAUCAUUUUCAUAGCUGGUUGACUGAUACUGAUGAGUUCCAUAAUCUUCAUAAAUCUUUGGAUUAGUAGAGGAUUCGUAAUAAGCUGGCUCUAUUCUCUCUCCAUAUGUAUUACUAGGAUAAGAAAUUGUUCCAUAAUCUUCAUUAACUGGAGUAUUUUUUUUGUCUUCUUUGUAUAUGACAGGCUCAAUUCUUCCUCCGUAGAUAUUAUCACUAGGAGAAUUUCCAAAAUAACUUAA